AUGGCAUUUCUCCGGUAUCCUCUAUCCCUCUUUCUGGUGCUUAAUGUCAUUGUCUUGUUAUCUAAUUCAGUCAUCUGUGAUGAUAAGGAAAAUGAUCUGCUUCAAGGCAUUAACAGAUACAGAUCAUCCCUCGGCCUGCCACCACUUGCAAAGAACGACAAUGCGGAAUGCCUGGCGGAUGAAAUCGCCGACAAAUUAGAGGACCAACCUUGUACUCGCGCGAUUGGCACCGUACCUGAGUUUUCCAACUAUCCUGAUGCUUUGAAGAAGUGCCACUCAAACGUCAAAACCACGAAAGAUGGGGUCAUAUUGCCCGUCUGUGUCCCGAAUCGAGUUCCAACUCUCGUGCUCACGAACUACACCCACUCCCCGUAUGCUACGUAUCUCAACAAAUCAAAGUACACCGGAGUCGGCAUUGGUUCGGAAGAUGACUGGAUGGUGGUUGUCUUGGCCACAAACACACCUGCAGGAAACUUUGUAAGUGGAGCUGGUUUGGCUGGCAUGGUUGGGGUAUGUCACUUCUUGCUUUCUUUGUUGUUGGCUUUGUCUGUUGUUGUUUGA